AUGGCCACCGCGGUCUCAAAGCCCGGUUCACAUCCCCCGAAGAUGAAGCGGCCGCCCCCGCCUUUCCCCCAGGUCGGGGUCAACGGAGUAAAGGCCCAACAACUAUCAUCCUCUCCACCCGCAACAUCUACACAUCUUCCAGGAAGCAGCUCCGUUACAUCAAGUCCCAACCUUACCAAUGGCGUGGCGAAUGGGGCGAAUGUCGCAAAGGGCCCUCUCAACCGAACGCGGAACCAGUCGCAAAGACCCGGCGACCCUUCCUCGCGUUUUGGUCGACCAGUGACAAGAACAAGCACCAAUGUCAACCAGAAUGGGGUCGGGAAAAGCCAUUCCGAACCAUUCGUGAAAACCACGUCCUACAUUCUUAAGAAAUACUCCAAAUCACCACCAUCUCUCAUUGUACAUCUUCAUCCAACACAUUUCCGAUUCGAACAGCAAGACGGAAGUUUCCCAUACAAUUCGGAGAUGAAAGUCAUUAUCGAGCACAUCCGCGCCGGAACUGUUCCCCAUGAUUUAAUCGAGGAGCUUUUACGUUCUGGCGUGCGCUUUUACGAAGGCUGCCUCAUCGUCCGAGUGGUUGAUCAUAAGUCCAUGUCAGCACAAGCUCACAAGACGUCCACAUCAAAACCCAACGAAAACAAUACCCCUUUCUCUCUCCACAACUACAAUGAGCAUGUUACCCCAUCUGCCUUUGUCCCCUACCCGAAACAGAAUCAACUCACCACCGAUCUACAAAGCUCAAAGGCGCCGGAGACGCCGUCUAAGUCCGACAGCCAGACAAAUGGAGAGACAUCCGAAGCUCAGGGUAAAAGCAAUGAGGUUGAACAAAAACCUACUGUGCCAAAGCCUAAGGUUUUCACCACUGUUUUGCACCCCACAUCGCGUACGCUGCAAGCAGAGCUGACUCUGCUCGUGACAACCCCUGAUCCGAAAGCCGCGAAAGCAAUGGCUCAGAGCCAAUUGUCGCGUACCCAAUCCUCGUCCGUCAUUUCACAGUCACCAUCAACCACACAGGCUGAUCGUGGCCACGAUGCGAAACGGCAGAAGACGCUUGUUGAACCACAAGAUCUUCCGGAGUGUGAGGCAUUGAUUGUGCGGGCUCUGGCACCUCCGCUUUAUUUGGAGCCCGUAGAUAGCUUUGCAGCUGCACAAGACCUGCUCAAGGCUAUGGAGAGCCCGCUUCACUCCUACCCACCGCCCUCGCCCAAACGUCGCAAGAGAACCGUUGCCGAGCUCGCUGCUGACGAAGCACUUGCUGCCGAAGAAGAGAGAUUCAUGCUUAUCAUGGAUGAGCGCCUAGAACCAACAGCAUCGGGAGCUGGUGGUGGCUCGAAAGCUACUGUGGUGGAUGAUGCGGCGGGUGUGGCACCGUUUGAGCCUCGAUUCUCACGCUUCAAGACCCUGGAAACAAUCCGGAUGCAACAUGAGGAGAAGGCUAAGCGCGAGCAUGAGAUGAAGUUGAAGCAGGAGCUGGCCAAGAGGCAGCAGCAGGAGCAAGAGAAGGAACGACAAAGGCUUCUCAAGAACCGUCAGGACGAGGAAUAUGCAAAGGAAGAAGCGCGAAGACAGCAAAUUGCAGCCCAACAAGCACAAGCUCAACUUGCCGCUCAGAACCGACACGCAAUGGCCAACGGUGCGAGUCAAGGACAACAGUCCUCCCCCGUUGUACGCAAUCAAACUCCUCAUAACACAUCGUCACCGCUAGUUGGUAACAAUAUGGCAACACAGGCUUCUUCCAUGCAACACGGCCAUCCCAAUGUCAUGGGCCACCCUAUGGCGCCUUCUCGGAGCCAACAGGGGGCAAGUCGACACGGUACACCUCAAAUGACCCAGGGUACGCCAGCAAUGGCACAUGCCACGCCAAUUAUGCGCAAUGUCACACCAACCCAACGGAUGAACCACGGCAGUCCUACUCAUACAAUGCCACAACAAACUCCAAUGAUGAGCCAGGCUACCAUGGCGAAUACACCGCAGAUGAACGGUACUAUCGGUCUCACCCCACAACAACAGAUGCUGCUGCAACAACGACAACAGCAGAUGCUCGCUGCUCAACAGGGACAGAUGAAUGGACAAUUCACACCACAGCAGCUUGCCCAGAUGCAGGCCAGCGCACACGCCCAGCAAAACAUACAUUCACAGCAGCAGAUGUUACAGGCCCAGCAGAAGCAGCAGCAGCAGGCCCAACACCAACAGCAGCAGCAACUUCCGCAACAACAGCAGAACAUGUCGAACAUACCGAACCAACAAGCAUACCAGGCACAACUCAUGCGGGCCCAAUUCGCUCAAAUGCAGAUGGUGAAUCAGCAGCAGGGUGGAAUGUCACAGGGGCAGAUGUCCCAAGGUCAAAUUCAACAACAAGCACCGCAGAUGCAGGGUCAGAUGUCCCAAGGCCAGAUGUCUCAGGGUCAACAGGGCCAGCAUCAAGGCAGCCCACAAAUGACCCCGCAACAACAGCAAAUGUUGAUGGCAGCUGCGCAGGCCAAUGGAGGGCAAAUACCCAACAUGCAAGGUGCCACCAAUAUGGCCCAGCGAUACAAUCGACUGUAUCAACAACGGCUACUGCACCUACGCCAUGAGAUGUCCCAACGGUUCAUGUCACAAUAUGGUCCACCUACCCAAUAUCCACCACAUAUUGCCCAGCAAUAUGGAGCUGGGCUGGAAAAGACCGCCAAGUCAUGGGUUCAGGAUCUUAUGCGACGCGAACGAGAAGCUACGCAGCAACAGCGAAACUCACAGGCGGCCAUGCAACAGCAGAUGCAGCAAAGCAUGAUGCACAAUGGAAUGGGGAAUUGA